CGGCACGACCAGGCCUGCUGGCACAGCCCGGGGAGAGCUCGUCGGGGCUCGGCCCGAGGGGGCGGGAGCCCCCCGGCCCCCGUGCCAAUGGCUGCGGGGGGACGGCUCUGUCUGGACGUUCCCGCUCGGUUAGGGGAUGGAAAUUCCCGGCCUCUCCGGGGAGGGAGCUUAGGCGAUGCUCUGAAAGGCUCAUUUAUCCCCGCGCUGCCGCCCAGAGCGGCGGACACGGGCCCCUUCGCAGCAGCCUCCCCUCCGCCCGCACCAUGCUCCGCGUCCCGGCCGCCGCCGCCGCCGUCGCUCCGCUGCUGCUGGCGCUGCUGCUGGCGGCCCCUCCGGCCGGCCGCUCCGACAGCCCCAAGGGCAAGCAGAAGGCGCUUCGGCAGCGGGAGGUGCUGGACGUGUACAACGGUGUGUGCCUGCAAGGCCCCAGCGGUGUUCCGGGACGGGAUGGAAACCCGGGAGCCAACGGGAUCCCGGGGACACCUGGGAUCCCGGGGCGGGACGGGCUGAAGGGGGAGAAGGGCGAGUGCAUGCGAGAGAGCGUCGAGGAGGCCUGGACGCCCAACUUCAAGCAGUGCUCGUGGAGUGCGCUGAACUACGGCAUCGACCUCGGGAAGAUAGCGGAAUGCACCUUCACCAAGAUGCGCUCCAGCAGCGCGCUGCGGGUGCUCUUCAGCGGCUCGCUGCGGCUCAAGUGCCGGAGCGCCUGCUGCCAGCGCUGGUACUUCACCUUCAACGGCGCCGAGUGUGCCGGGCCGCUGCCCAUCGAAGCCAUCAUCUACUUAGAUCAAGGAAGCCCAGAGCUGAAUUCUACUAUCAACAUACACCGAACGUCUUCAGUGGAAGGUCUGUGUGAAGGGAUCAGUGCUGGCUUGGUGGACAUUGCCAUCUGGGUUGGGACUUGCUCAGAUUAUCCACGGGGAGAUGCUUCUACUGGAUGGAAUUCAGUCUCCCGGAUCAUCAUUGAAGAACUGCCAAAGUAACUGUCCCCUUCUUUUUUUUUAAUAUAUAUAUAUUCUUUUUUUUUUUUCCCCUUUUUUUGGGUACAAUUGUCUUCAGAAUGUAUUUCUGUAGCACUGGGUGGAAGCAUCUGACUGAAAGGCACCAAGCGCUUGCAUCUGUAGUCUUCGCCUAGCUUUAUUGGUUUGUGUUGUGUUGCACAGUGCAGAGGCUUUUCUAUAGUCCUCCUUUCAGAACAGGAGUGUCAAACCCCAGUGCAUUAAGGUUUGGAAUAUACCUCCAUUUAAAGAACCAACUCUAACUACUUUUUUUUUUGUAUCAAAUAAAUAAGACCUUUUACAAGAAGAAAA